CGUGGUGCCCUCAGCGAGGACGUGGUCCCCCCGGCCCUGUUCCGACGGUACCUUUCUUUGCUCUGCCUAAAUGCAGCGGAUCUCGGCCGUUUGGAGCAAUCUGACUGAGAAACGCAGGCCGAAAUACGCCAUGGAGGUGCUGCUGAUCUUCCUCUGCAGCCUGCUGGUUCCGACCGUCCUGGCCAGCGCAGCUGAGCAGGAGAAAGAAAAGGACCCUUUUCAUUAUGACUACCAGACGCUGCGGAUCGGGGGCCUGGUGUUCGCUGUGGUGCUCUUCUCCGUGGGGAUCCUGCUCAUCCUGAGUCGCAGAUGCAAGUGCAGCUUCAAUCAGAAGCCCCGCCAUGGAGCCCCAGAAAGCAGAGAACUGAGGUGCGGCCCCAGGUGGGAAGGUGGCAGCCCCGCGGGGGACGUGGACCCGUUCCACUACGACUACGAGACCGUCCGGAAAGGAGGCCUGAUCUUCGCCGCCCUGGCCUUCGUGGUGGGGCUCAUCAUCAUCCUCAGCAAACGGCUCCGCUGCGGGAGCAAACACAAACACCGGCCAGCUCGUCCUCGGACCUCUGACCUGCCCUCUUCCCUCCCCACCCCAGGCAGGUCAACGGAGAUGAGCUGUGAUGCCGAGGCAGCUGUAGGCUCAUUCCGCCGGGCCGCUGGGAAGCCUUCCGGAGUGGUGGACCUUUGUCCCCAGCACCGGCAGGCCCUCGGCUGAAGGCAGUGCCAGGCUCCAGGUGACCCCUGGGUGCGCAUGGCCUCCUCCCCCUCAGGGCCGCCUCCUGUUAAUAAUAAAGCCGGCCUCGGAGAUAGCG